AUGGCCUUUGACGAAGGCCAGGAAUUUGAGUUCCUCACUGCUCUCUCCGAAGACGACUAUCCCAAGCAGGAGACCAUGUCUGGCUUUCAGCCCGAGCCCGCUCAGCACGUGAACUUCAAUGCUGAUGCGCUCUCUGCCGACCAUGUCUACUGUCAGAUGUCCUCAGAAUUGCCCGCGGGCGGUUCGGACGCGGUUGACUUUCCCAUCGUUGAGGAAGGGAAAGAGACCACGCAGACGGAGUUUGAAGAGGAGGAUAUACCCCUUGGAAACGAUGAAAACUGCUGGUACGGAGUCUACUUCUGUACUCGGCCUGGAUGUGACACAUUGUUUUCCACACCUGGCGCUAGGAGGUGA